AUGGGCUGUGCUUUGUAUGUAUCAGUGCAGAACAGGCAUGGCCACACAAAGGGACUGGCCGUCAACCAUCUUGAAACCGCCUUUGACAAUCUUGGCCUCUCCUUGACAAAGUUAAUCCAUUCAUCUGCAGGACGGUUGCCACCAAUAACAUUCUGUGCCUUAAACCCCCACCCCACUCCUGCGCCUGUUGUGCACUUCCUGCGCUGGCUGCGAACACUGGCGCAUCUCCAGUUCGCCGUUCCAGCCUGUGACCAUGUAGAGUCUAAAGGCAAGGCGUUCAUGUCUUGCAGGGCAGCCAUCCCUGGCUUGCCAAAGAUUUUGCGAAUCCAUGCUGCAUAUGCGUCGAUAUUGCAAGGGUAA